AUGGAGAUUUCUACAGUGGCUGCAAGCCAACAGCCUGCAGCUGUAAAACCUGUUACAGAAGACGAUCCCAACAACCAACCCCAAAGACAAGCUCUACAGGUGCCGCAGGAAGACCAACCGAGUCAGCCCAAACAGAAAAAAUCGUUGGCUUUCAAAUUGUCCUUUGUUGGUCUCGCCGCCAUCCUCUUUGUAUUCCAGAUUGAUGCCACAGCACUUGGCAUAGCUCUUCCCUCCAUAGCCAAUGACCUCAAUGGUUCAAGUUUGGAGUCAUUCUGGGCCAACCUUUCUUACACACUAUGUGGUCUGGUAAUGCAGCCAGUCUGGGCAAGCAUAUCUGAUGCUUUCGGCCGGAAGCCACCGCUUUAUGCAUGCAUAGGCCUGUUUUUCAUCGGGUCAAUAGUCUUUGCUGUUGCACAAGAUAUGAAGACUGUCAUUGUUGGGCGUGUGCUUCAGGGCUUCGGAGGUGGAGGUAUAGAUGUCCUCGUUCAGGUCAUUCUCACUGACAUGACGACGCUCGAGGAGCGCGCUACAUACCUCGGAUUGAUGGGCAUACCGAAUGCCGUCGGCAACAUUCUUGGUCCCUCUGUUGGCGCACUCUUCGCCACAUAUGCCAGCUGGCGAUGGAUCGGAUGGGUGAACCUACCCAUUCUUGGAUUUGGUGCACCUUUGGUGUUCUUCUUCCUUAGGUUGAGGUCUAUCACAGUUGUCUCAAGCAACGUCGAACGUCUUGACUGGAUUGGCAUGGGCUUGGUCGUUUCUGGUAUCACUAUAAUCGUGCUACCACUCAGUUGGGCAGGAUCGUUGUUCCCAUGGAGCUCAUGGCAAACGUUACUUCCGAUGCUUUUGGGUGUCGUAGUGCUCGCCGUGUUUGUCUGGUUUGAGUCGAAACCCGCGGUUCCCAUCAUGCCUCACCGUCUUUUCCACUCCAAGACAGCAAAUAUGACAUUAAUCGGCGGCUUCAUGCACGGUGCCAUCCUUGUUUCACUGCUUCAGUAUCUGCCGCUGAUCUACCAAGCAGUUUACUUGGAAACAGCAAUUAAGUCAGCUGUCUUUCUUUUACCCACCUCUAUCACCAGCGUCGUCAUCGCAGUCUUCUCAAUGAUGAUGGUACCUAUGUUCGGUGGUUACACCUGGCUCCUGCGACUUUCAUGGGCGCUGCUAAUUUUAGGUACUGGUAUUUUGGCUCUUUUUCAAAUCAGCUCUUCUUCGUCCAUGCUCUACGGACUACCGGUCAUUUGGGGAACAGGUGUCGCUCUUCUACGUCUUCAGCUCCUGCCAAUGCAAGCCAGUGUUCAGAAAGCGGAAGAUACAGGUGUGGCCAUCGGCCAGUUCUUUACGAUUCGCAUGUUCGGCGGCUUGAUUGGAUUGACAAUUGCUUCUGCAAUUUUCAACACAGUCUUUACAAAAACAAUCGUAUCAAGCCCUGUCCAACUCGAGGGGCCACUGGCACCUCUUGCCGAUUCGUCGAGGGCCGUUGCGUUCAUCAAAGAGCUUCCUUCUCUGGAUAUUUCUGAACGCACCUUGAAUGACGUAUUAACUGUUUAUCUCACAUGCUUUCGAACCAUCUUCUACACUAUGACAGGAUUCGGCGCAGUGGGUUUGUUGUCUUCGAUGUUCAUUGCUGAGAUUGAUUUGAAGAGUCAAGAUCGCGGAAACCAGCAAUUUGAGGAUUGA